CCCACCACCAAACCGACCUUUUUAGGUGGCGGCAAUUGCCCGACGAAUUCAAGGCUACACGCCAACUAGGACGCGAUCCACGAACCUGCCACUGGAAAAACUACUUCCACCCUCGCAAUGACCAUCGUCCUUUCAUUUUAAUCCCGACGAUCGAAGCCUCCAACUCCCUGAUAAUCCCCAUAAAGCCCCCCCUGUGCGACACCUCAACGACGUCCUCCUGAAACCGGUCGCGACCUCCAACACCGCCCGAACCGAUCCCAAUGCGUCUUCCACUUACAAGAACGUACUGGCGAGCAGCAGCUCUGCGGACAUACGCGACCAGCUCACAACCCGGCGCCCCCGCACCUGUCCGCAAGAUCGUCGUCCCCAAACCCGCCAAACCCGCCAACAGUACACGGACAAUACCAGACGCAACUGCCUCCAGUUCCGCCACCACGGCAGCGUCGACACCCAUGAACAAGCCAGUCACACCCGCUUCGUCCAUCGUCCCUCCGCGGAAACAACCCCCAGCGGCACAGCGGCCGUUGAACCCGGCGAGCCCGGAAUACAAGAAGGCCUACAACCGCGCGGCGAGGCGUUGGAUGGCUGCUCUCAUCGCCUUGCCGAUUUUCAUUGUUACGUCUUACGUGCUCUUUAAUCGAAUUAUCCUAGGCAAGGAGCGAAAGGUGAUGCCAACACCCACGGAACCGGAACCGGCAUAGGCGGCACAAGAAGAGGCUUCGCGAUAGAGUGACGGGUAGACGGGGCGAUGGCUUUCCUCGGGUUCCCGGGGUCUCUGGCCGCUGCCGCUGCCUCUGCUCAGCUUUCUCGUUUCCUGCCGGUAUCACGGAAACCCAAUUAUCCACCGCCCAAUUCCCAUCGCUACGAGGGACCUCACCUAUCGUCGCUUCAUAUACCAGUUGUCGUGUUUGGAAGUGACGGUCAGAGGGUUCAAGCUGGGCAACCAGGUGGUUGUCAG